GCAGCCGCCGGACAAGUGUGAAGAAAGCUGACAGCAAAAAAAAAAAAAAAAAAAGGACAGGAUCGGGGGUGAAGCGAGAAGCUUCCCCCUCCUGCCCCUUUCCUCCCAAUUUGGACUGGAGGUGCAAGGAAACUGAAAAGGGAGUCAAACAGAGUCGGGCUGGGGGGAGAGGCCGGAAACCUACCGCCUGUUUGCAAUCAACUUUUUUUUUUGGAAACCCUUUUCCGAACCCUUCCUUUUUAUUGUUGACCAACCAGGGAGAGAGAACGAGAAAGUGAGGAGGGAGCGAGAAAGCGGAGGCUCACACGGGGACGUAGCUGCCCGGUCCGGCUCGGAGCACCGCCGCACACCCUCCAGUACAUUCCCACCCGCGCGCGCCCUCCCGCGCACCCUCUCCUGGUCCUCCGGGUCCGGGCCCUAGACCCGCGGACGCGGACUCGGUCGCCCGCGCUCGGAGCCGGUGCACCGCGCGCGCCAGUGCCCCUCGCGCCCCCACGCGCGCCCGGCCGAGGGAUCUCCUCUGCGUGCCCGAAAGGGGAUUAUGCCAUUUGGACAUGUAAUUGUCAGCACUGGAUCUGAGACUUCCAAAAAAUGAAGCUGGCGACAGGACUGUGGGUCUGGGUGAGCCUUCUCCUGGCGGCGGGGACCGUCCAGCCCAGCUCUUCUCAGUCAGUGUGUGCAGGCACAGAGAAUAAGCUGAGCUCUCUCUCUGACCUGGAGCAGCAGUACCGAGCCUUGCGCAAAUACUAUGAGAACUGUGAGGUAGUCAUGGGCAACCUGGAGAUAACCAGCAUCGAGCACAACCGGGACCUCUCCUUUCUGCGGUCUAUACGAGAAGUCACAGGCUACGUGUUGGUGGCUCUUAAUCAGUUUCGCUAUCUGCCUCUGGAGAACUUACGCAUUAUCCGUGGGACAAAGCUUUAUGAGGAUCGAUAUGCCUUGGCAAUAUUUUUAAACUACAGAAAAGAUGGAAACUUUGGACUUCAAGAACUUGGACUGAAGAACUUGACUGAAAUCCUAAAUGGCGGCGUCUAUGUAGACCAGAACAAAUUUCUUUGUUAUACAGACACUAUUCAUUGGCAAGAUAUUGUUCGGAAUCCAUGGCCUUCCAACCUGACCCUGGUGUCAACAAAUGGUAGCUCAGGAUGCGGACGUUGCCAUAAGUCCUGUACUGGCCGAUGCUGGGGACCCACAGAGAAUCAUUGCCAGACUUUGACAAGGACCGUGUGUGCGGAACAGUGUGAUGGCAGAUGCUAUGGACCCUACGUGAGUGAUUGCUGUCACCGAGAAUGUGCUGGGGGCUGUUCGGGACCGAAGGACACCGACUGCUUUGCAUGCAUGAAUUUCAAUGACAGUGGAGCAUGUGUUACUCAGUGUCCACAAACAUUUGUCUACAAUCCCACUACCUUUCAACUGGAGCAUAACUUCAAUGCAAAAUACACCUAUGGAGCCUUUUGUGUCAAGAAGUGCCCACAUAACUUUGUAGUUGAUUCCAGUUCCUGUGUGCGUGCUUGUCCUAGUUCCAAGAUGGAAGUAGAAGAAAAUGGGAUUAAAAUGUGUAAACCUUGCACUGACAUUUGCCCAAAAGCUUGUGAUGGCAUUGGCACAGGAUCGUUGAUGUCAGCUCAGACCGUGGAUUCCAGUAACAUUGACAAAUUCAUAAACUGCACCAAAAUCAAUGGGAAUUUGAUCUUCCUUGUCACUGGUAUUCAUGGGGACCCUUACAAUGCAAUUGAAGCCAUAGACCCAGAGAAACUGAAUGUCUUUCGGACAGUCCGAGAGAUAACAGGUUUCUUGAACAUACAGUCAUGGCCUCCAAACAUGACCGACUUCAGUGUUUUUUCUAACUUGGUAACCAUUGGUGGAAGAGUACUCUAUAGUGGCCUUUCCUUGCUUAUCCUCAAGCAACAGGGCAUCACUUCUCUACAAUUCCAAUCCUUGAAAGAAAUCAGUGCGGGGAACAUCUAUAUCACUGACAACAGCAACCUGUGCUAUUAUCACACCGUUAACUGGACAACACUGUUCAGCACAGGCAACCAAAGGAUAGUGAUUCGGGACAAUAGGAAAGCUGAAAACUGUACUGCUGAAGGAAUGGUGUGCAACCAUCUCUGUUCAAAUGAUGGGUGUUGGGGACCUGGGCCAGACCAGUGCUUGUCAUGCCGUCGCUUCAGCAGGGGAAGGACCUGCAUAGAGUCUUGUAACCUCUAUGACGGUGAAUUUCGGGAGUUUGAGAAUGGCUCCAUCUGUGUCGAGUGUGACCCCCAGUGUGAGAAGAUGGAAGAUGGCAUCCUCACAUGCCAUGGGCCGGGACCUGACAACUGUACAAAGUGCUCCCAUUUCAAGGAUGGCCCAAACUGUGUGGAAAAAUGUCCAGAUGGCUUACAGGGGGCAAACAGUUUCAUUUUCAAGUAUGCUGAUCAAGAUCGAGAGUGCCACCCGUGCCAUCCAAACUGCACCCAAGGGUGCAUAGGCUCAAGUAUAGAAGACUGCAUCGGCCUGAUGGAUAGGUGUAGCGGCCCCACUAGUCAUGACUGCAUUUACUACCUUUGGACGGGCCAUUCCACUUUACCACAACAUGCUAGGACUCCUCUAAUUGCAGCUGGAGUCAUUGGUGGGCUCUUCAUCCUGGUCAUUGUGGGCCUAACAUUUGCAGUUUAUGCUCGAAGGAAGAGCAUCAAAAAGAAAAGAGCCUUAAGAAGAUUCUUGGAAACAGAGCUGGUAGAACCCUUAACUCCCAGUGGCACAGCGCCCAAUCAAGCUCAACUUCGUAUUUUGAAAGAAACUGAGCUCAAAAGAGUGAAAGUACUUGGCUCAGGUGCUUUUGGAACUGUCUAUAAAGGUAUUUGGGUCCCUGAAGGAGAAACAGUGAAGAUUCCUGUGGCUAUUAAGAUUCUUAAUGAAACAACUGGUCCCAAAGCCAAUGUGGAAUUUAUGGAUGAAGCCCUAAUCAUGGCAAGUAUGGACCAUCCACACUUAGUUCGAUUAUUGGGUGUGUGUCUGAGCCCAACCAUUCAGCUGGUUACACAGCUCAUGCCCCAUGGCUGUCUGCUGGAUUAUGUCCAUGAACACAAGGAUAACAUUGGAUCACAGUUGUUGCUUAACUGGUGUGUCCAGAUAGCUAAGGGAAUGAUGUACCUGGAAGAAAGACGGCUUGUUCAUCGGGACUUGGCAGCCCGUAAUGUCUUAGUGAAAUCUCCAAACCAUGUGAAAAUCACGGAUUUUGGACUAGCCAGACUCUUGGAAGGAGAUGAAAAAGAGUAUAAUGCUGAUGGAGGAAAGAUGCCAAUUAAAUGGAUGGCUCUGGAGUGUAUACAUUAUAGGAAAUUCACCCAUCAGAGCGACGUUUGGAGCUAUGGAGUCACUAUAUGGGAACUGAUGACCUUUGGAGGAAAACCUUAUGAUGGAAUUCCAACCAGAGAAAUUCCUGAUUUAUUAGAGAAAGGAGAACGUUUGCCUCAGCCUCCCAUCUGCACUAUUGACGUUUACAUGGUCAUGGUCAAAUGUUGGAUGAUUGAUGCUGACAGUAGACCUAAAUUUAAGGAACUGGCUGCUGAAUUUUCAAGGAUGGCUCGAGACCCUCAAAGAUACCUAGUUAUUCAGGGUGAUGAUCGUAUGAAGCUUCCCAGUCCAAAUGACAGCAAGUUCUUUCAGAAUCUCUUGGAUGAAGAAGAUUUAGAAGAUAUGAUGGAUGCUGAGGAAUACCUGGUACCUCAAGCUUUCAACAUCCCUCCUCCCAUCUAUACUUCCAGAUCAAGAAUUGACUCAAAUAGGAGUGAAAUUGGACACAGCCCUCCUCCUGCCUACACCCCUAUGUCAGGAAACCAGUUUGUCUACCGAGACGGGGGCUUCGCUGCAGAACAAGGAGUGCCCAUGCCCUACAGGGCCACCACCAGCACAAUCCCAGAAGCCCCCAUUGCUCAGGGGGCUACCGCAGAGAUUUUUGAUGACUCCUGCUGUAAUGGCACCUUACGCAAGUCCAUGGCGCCCCACGUCCAAGAGGACAGUAGCACCCAGAGAUACAGCGCUGACCCCACAGUGUUUGCCCCAGAACGGAGCCCACGAGGAGAGCUGGAUGAAGAAGGUUACAUGACUCCUAUGCGAGACAAACCCAAACAAGAAUACCUGAACCCUGUGGAGGAGAACCCUUUCGUUUCUCGGAGGAAAAAUGGAGACCUUCAGGCUUUGGAUAAUCCCGAAUAUCACAGCGCUUCCAGUGGUCCACCCAAGGCAGAAGAUGAGUAUGUAAACGAGCCGCUGUACCUCAACACCUUUGCCAACGCCUUGGGGAACGCCGAGUACCUGAAGAACAGCGUACUGUCUGUGCCAGAGAAGGCCAAGAAAGCAUUCGACAACCCCGACUACUGGAACCACAGCCUGCCACCUCGGAGCACCCUUCAGCACCCAGACUACCUGCAGGAGUACAGCACAAAAUAUUUUUAUAAACAAAAUGGACGGAUCCGGCCUAUUGUGGCCGAGAAUCCCGAAUACCUCUCUGAGUUCUCGCUGAAGCCAGGCACUGUGCUGCCUCCGCCGCCCUACAGACACCGGAAUACUGUGGUGUGAGCUCCGCAGUGGUUUUCAGGUGGAGAGACACGCCCACUCUCAUUUCCCGCCGCCUCUCUUUCUCUUGUUUUCUUCCUUCUACUCCCAAGGCCAGUAGUUUUGACACUUCCCAGUGGAAGCUAUAGAGAUGCAAUGCUAAUUUUGUGCUUAUCUAACUUGAACAUUAGAAGGAAGGACUGAAAGAGAAAGAGAGGAGGAACCACACUGUUUCUUCAUUUCUCUGCAUGGGUUGGCUAGGAGACUGGAACAGCUAGAAAAGGACACGCAAAUAGGAGGCAAUACUGCCUGCCGUCAAACUAGUUCUCCACGUCCCACACCCCACCAUUUUUUUUUUUCUUUUUAUUCCUUCCUUCCUUUCUUUCAAAGCAGAUGCUUGAAAGAUCCAAGCUAUCUGUUCCUAUCUGCAGGAACUGAUCCGUAUAUUUUCAACAUCCCUGGUAAUCCUAAGGACGUUUUCAGUAGAACAAAACAAUAACCUUUUCUACAAUGUAUGAUAGUAACUUAAGAUUGAAAAUCCAAACUCAUUCUCCACCAGUUUCUGUCUUGACAAGCAAGAAUGGCCAACUCAGCCUUCAUAAUCUUUGAAUCUUCAUCCAAGUUAUAACCAGUAAUUAUGUUUGGGGAGCUUUUUUAUUUUAUCACUUUGUUUUGCUUUGAUCUGUCUCUUCAUAUUACUUUCUCCUAUAUCUUCAGCUUUAAUUUGUAAUUGCAAAGAUUUUUACAUCAAACCUUCUUAGGUGUUGCUAUAAAUUGAAAGAAUUGUAAAAAGAGAUAUUUUAAUAUGGUGAAAUGGCCACUAUUUUAAAUAUACAGUCUUUAAAAUUAGAAGGGGAGGCCAAGGUAUUGGUCAAAUAUAACAUUAAAUCAAACUUUUGUGUUUUACAGUAUUGAAUAUGGAUUCUCCUCCCUCCAUUCCUUUAUAUUCUUCAUUUUCUUCCCGUCUAUGAAAGACAGUACUUGAUAGGUAGUAAUAAUGUUAAGAAUAGAAGGGAAACUAAGAGACAGUUGUGCGUGGUUCAUAAAAACUACUGACACUUUCAGGGGUGGUCCAAUGGGGAAUCCUUUGAACUGGAAGAAACACACUGGAUUGAGUAUGUCUACCUGACAGAUACUCAGAAAUGUAGUUUGCACUUGAGCUGUAAUUUUAUUUGUUCUCUUUCUGAACUUCAUUUUGGAUUUUGAAUGAAGCAAUAUGGAAGCAACCAGCAAAAUAACACAUUUGAGUACAUUUUUUUAAAGAGCUAAGAUAAAGAAAGACUGUGGAAGUGCCAAACCAAGCAAGUUAGGAUUUUGGAAGAGUAUCAGGGGAUUAUGGUAAAAGAGUCAGUACAUGCUCCACAUGUAAUAUCACAUUUUCUACAUGAGGAAAGUUGUUCAGUUUAUACACUCCAUUUGAAGGAAUGCAAGUAAGGAUUGGCUUAAAUUCCAUGGAAUUUUUAGUAUAAGACUCAUUUAUAUUAAGUGGAAGGUAACUUUGCACAUAAAUUGGUAUAACAAAAAGAAAUAAACAAACAUUCACUGCUUUAGAUAGAUCCUUGGGUUAAAAGUUGUAAAUAAAUGUGAAAAAAGUUUCUCAUGUAAUUAUUUUAAUAUACAACAUACUACCCUUUUGAUACGUUAUAUAACUCUUUUUCUUCAAACAGCAUCCUAGUUCUAGAGCCAUCUUUAUUGUGUAUCAUUUUGAAGAAUACCUCUUGAGUUAAGAUGAGCAAUAGAAACAAAGGAUAGGGUUGAGUUUUCAGAAAAAUGGAGGCCUCAGGUCAGCAAUUAGAAAAAUUGGAUAUAAAUCUGCCCCUUCUAGGAAAAUCUGCCCCAAUUUAUUUGGAAUUUUGUAAACUAUAUUUCUUUCCAGUGAUAAAAUAUUGGGAAUGUGAAUGUAUCACCUGGUGGUGGUGGUUUAGUCGCUAAGUCGUGUCUGACUCUUGCGACCCCAUGGACUGUAACCCACCAGGCUCCCCCAUCCAUGGGAUUCUCCAAGCAAGAAUACCAGAAUGGGUUGCCAUUUCCUUCUCCAGAAUGAAUCACCUAAUUGAAAACAGACUGAAAAUCUCCAUGGGAAACAGUAGGGAAAAAAAUGACAAGAAAUCUAGGUUUCUGCCUAUUUUGAAAAAGUAAGUCUCUCCACCCAUUCAGCUCCCUUAUUUUUCAACUCAAAUUUAUUUAUAGUCUACUAAAAGCACUGUGUUAUGUGGAGAACACCCAGAUAAAUGCAAUACUAUCCCUAACUUUAAAAUUUUACAAUUAAAAUGUAUUUGGAAUGACAUUUAAUUUGUUUUAUAAUUCAAAGAAUACAAUUGCAUGGACUCUUUUUUGAACAAUCAUAUAGAAUCAGCUAUUUGUUAAAAGAUCGUCUGUGAACUCAUCUGGGACAUGAGUGAAACGUCCUACAAGUUACUGAAGGUAACACAUAGGAUAGUUUCAGUGUUAUCAUCCAAACGCAAACUGGUCUAAAAGGGUAUUGUAUCACUGGCUAAGUGUCAUUUCCGGAUUCUAACUUAACCAUUAAAUCAGCAGUAGAUGUUGGUUUUUGCCCAAGAACAUUGGAGACAUUGGAAUUGAUUUCUUCCAAAGUUGUGAAAAGUGAGGGAAACUAAAAGAAUGAGGUCAAGUAAGGAGGGGUUUUUUGAGAGGUCUUACAGUGAAGUUCAAACAUGAAUUUCCCGGGGGUGAAGACAGAAUGAUUCAGGGCCACAGCCUAAGAGCUCAGAGUUCUUCUACCCAGUCAGAGGAGUCUCCAGGAAAAGCAGUCCUCACAUCAUCAUUUAUAGAAGUUUAGAUAGAAACCUCUUUUUCUAGAUAAAUCUGUACCAACUUAUCACUGACAGUAUCCUUGUUGGAUACUAGAGCUUGACUUUUUUCUCCUGAUUUACGAUAUUCAUACGGUUUUUUGGGGAAAAUGACAAGCAGAAUCACUUAGAGAAGGAAAGAAAAUUAUUUUACUGUUAAGAUAAUAGAAAUAUAUUCAGUAAAGGUAGUAUCUCCUUCAUCCUGGGAACAUAAGACUUUUACAUAACAGGUACUAAUAACUGGAGAUAGAUGCACGUAUAAUCCAAAAUGACCUAAAAUGCUUCACAAGAAUCUAAUUGUUCCUUUUGAAUGAUUUCUCUAGUACGUACUUGAUUUCAUUGUUUUAAGAGUUUCUCUUUUGUUUUAUUUUUGUCCCCCAGGAAAACAUAUUUCAAAGUGUAUGAGAGGGAGAAAAAAAAAGUUUAUUUGUUCCAAAGAAUAACUUACUCGACUCAAUAGAACGAAAUUUUAAAAUACCAAUUAAAGCCUUCAAAGUGCAUUGGGAUAUCAGGCUAGUUGUAUUAAUGCAAAUAUGCAGAACCAAUUAAAUAAAUUUGAAGAAAAUAGUCAAAUUACACAGACUGUAUUUUUUUUUUAAUCAUCAUAUCUUGUAGCUUAGACCUAUCUUGGGAAAUCUUAUUUCCAGGUAAGAAAAACUGUAUAACUAAUUGGUUGUUCAGGGCAGUAGUUCUUAAAUAGGUAAGAAAAGAUGUCUUCUAAACCAAGGUAGACCCAAAACCACAAAGCAUCCUGAACCACAAAGAGGUGCUUGAACUACUGGAUAACAGUUGAUUUUCCAAAUUACUAGUGGCACAGUUGAGGAGCAGAGUUCUUUCUCGGGUAAUACUCUUAACAUGGAAUAAAAAAUCAAUGCAAAACUCAAAUCAGAUUAAAAUGUAUAAAGUAAAAAUUUGAGUUUGUUUUCUUAGUAGAUCAGGAAGAAUGAAUAUUUGUAGCUGGAGAAGAGAAAUAGUGUUAUUUUAAGUGUAUAAUGUAUAUGUUAAUACCUUGUAAAUCAGGACUUGGCAUGAAGAUCAUGUAUAUUUCCAAUGCCUAGGACAAACCAGCAGGACUGUGAGGUUCUGCUCGUAGAUGAAGUUGGAAGGGUUAUCAACAUGCUUUUUGAAGUGUCAAAAAUUAAAAAAAAAAAAAAAGGAAAUUGGUUAAGCCUGACAGGGAAGGAUGUAAAUACAUGUUUUUCUAGAGCUAUCUAAACUUUAUUUCAAAACUUGAAUUAUUCAUCCAUCUAUAAAUGUUGAUUAUUUAACUAGUAUAUGUAGUUCAUAAGGUAAUAGAAAAGGUGACCAUGAAAGCUUGUAUAUAUCUGGGCAGAACCAUGAUAAUGCUGUAAGAUGUAGAUUUAGUUAGGUUAAGAUAUGUUAAAUGAUUUUAAUACUAUCAAACUAGGAAACUAAUCACAAAAAUAAUGUAGCAAAAUAAAAUGCAGGAUAUGAAGAUGUAGGAUGGAUUUUGUGUUGUAAAAAAAUGUUUGUCACUUAAAUUUAUUAUUUGUUAGGUUUAGCUGAAAGUAGGCAUGUAAAAAGUGAGUUUCACUAAUGAAAACUUGCUUUAAAGCAUUACAAUUCUUUUCCCAUUCUCUUAUUCCUUGACUGCUUGUAAAAUGUUUUCCAUGUAAAGAGAAAAUUUUCAGAUUUGUUUUGCAAAACACCACCUUGUAGAGUUUAACAGGCAAAUAUGACUUUAAGUAAGAAUUUUCAAAAUGAAGUGACGGAAAUGAAAAUGUUCUAUUACCUUAUGCAGAGACAAAAGAAUGAGUGGCACCAUAUAGCAAACAAACAAAAUGCAUUUAAUUUUGUGACAUAUCCUUUCUUUUUUCCAUGAUACCGUCCCAUUUCCAAAAAGAACCCAAGGAAUUUAUUAACAAUAUUCUGAGAAAUAAAUACUAAAGCAAGCUGCUGUAUUUCCAUUAUUUUGGACUCUAGUUAAUAACCAGAUAAUUUUUAAUAGGACCAAUGAGAAUUUCGGGUGGAUAAGCAUCUAGUUGUUGAAAAGCCAGAAAAGUAAAUCUGCUGUUUAUGCUGAAGGCAGAGAAUUCUGCCUGGCCUCUCAGUAUGCAAGUGAAAGAAAGUGAAAGUGAAGUCGCUCAGUCGUGUCCAACUCUUUGCGUCCCCAGGUGUCUGCAUGGGAACAAAACUGUCCUUUAAAGGCUUCUCAGUAUAUAUGGCCUUUAAAGGACAGUCUUGUACCCAUGCAGACACCUAAAAGCAGACUCAUAUCUCCUGCCAUUUGCUUAAGAAGGAAUAAUAUUACAGAGAUAUAGACUGGACAUCAUUUCAGAGUAACAGUAUCAAUGGAGACCUUGAUGUUGUUUAUACCUCUGGGUAGAAGUAAUACAAUCUUUUCUAAUCCCAGAGAAACUUCGCAAGAGUUGUUCUUUCCACAAUUGCAAA